GGCAGCGCGGCGCGGCGCCACACACAGUCACAGUUCCGCGUCGAGCGUCGCGAGGUCUAGCACGGUCAGGUUCGCCGCCGCCGCCACCGAAAGGAAGCGUAGUUGACACCCAGGACCGUCUUCUCCACCUCCUCACCAUGUUCGGAAACGCGUUCAAGAGCCUCGGCAACAAGGCGAGUGAGCUGUUCGAGCGCAAGAAGCACGAGGUGGAGGACCUGGCGCACCAGAAGCAGAAGGAGGCGGCCGACAUGCUGGCCGAGCAGGCGCACAAGACCCAGGAGUCGCUCACCAAGACCGUGCACGACGUGGAGGGCAUCGCCUCCUCCACAGCCGCGGAGGCCAGCAAGGCCGCCACCGACGCCCUGGACCGCGAGGUCAACAAGGCCAGCGAGCUGAUGCAGUCCGGCAUGAAGAUGGCCGAGACGGCGGUGGACACGGGCGUCAAGACGGUGGAGGGCGUCGUGGACGCGGGCGUCAAGACCGUCGAGCACACCGUGGACACGGGGCUGCGGACCGCGGAGGGCGCCAUCGACAGCACCGUCAACACGGUGAACCAACAAGUGGACCAAAAGCUGAAGCAGGCCAACCAGUUCGUGGACCAGAAGCGCACCGACAUCACGCAGGCCGUGGAGGGCACUGCCGCCAACGUCCACCAGGGCACCGACCUGCUGGCCAAGGGUGCCUCAGGCCUCCUCAGCUUCAAGCCAUGAGGGGUGCCUGCUAGAGCUGCUGGUCCAUUAGCAGCCAGGUAGCGGCGUCGCUCGAGACCAGAGAGGACGCCGCGCGCCUCGCCACGCCUCGCCUCGCCUGUACAGCUUCUGCCCGUGAUGCUUCCCCGACUGACCCAGGGCGAGUCCUGUCAUCCUGUCGUCCCCCAAAGGUGCCGAGUCCUGGACUCACUGGACUCACCACUCACCGCGCCUUUGCCAAGCAUGCCAGGACACUUCCACCCGCCUCCACCCGGAAGAAAAUACACAGAAACCAAAUAUGCCUCCGAAAACGUCAAGACAUUCCAGAGUGAUAUUUUAUUUCCCCCCUUUUUUCUUCUUUUUAUGUUUUUUUUUCAAAUGUUUGUAGAAAUACGGCCUACUAGCUUUUUGCUGCUGUGGUUUGAGUGAACGCACAUCUCGCUAUCGCAAGACAAUUUUACGGUGUAGCUUCCCGCCAACAGCCAACUCAGUGGUUUUGAAGCCCGCUCGUGGGGCGAAAGCUUUGUGUGAUUUUUUGCGUUCGUGUGGAUAAAAUAAGAGAAAUGAUCUGUGACGUCCCAAGCGCUCUCCUCAGAGUGAUGAAAGAUCCAAGAACUGUGACAAGUAAAAAAUAAAAGAAUAGGAAGAAAGCCUUCUGAAACGUCCUAAAAGAGGAUCAAUGUGCUUAGAGCUUUCUUCAGAUAUAUUUUAUGUCAUACAUGUUAAUUUUUGAUAUGAAAUAAAUAAAGUGUUGAUACAAUCG